CUCCAGCUCGAAAUCUUAAAGAAAUAAAAAUUUCAAGCUUCACUUUAAAAUUUGUAAUUUUUUUUUUGGCAAGAGUAAGAUAGUAUUUUCCCCGCAUUCAGCAUGUAUUGUUUCCUUGUGCACAAAUAGCAUAGGCAUAGUAUUAUAUGACCAAGAUAUCUCCAUUGGUUCUCUGAGAUUCCUUGACAGAAGAAUUUGGCUUAAGAUAUUCAGUAAAACAAAGCCAGUGUGCAUCAAGAAGAAUAAAGCAGCCAAAAGCAAGGAAGAAGAAAGUGACAAGUCAUUAUGAGAAGCUUCGAAUCGAAGUUAAAUCAAAGUUCCUUAAUACAAAUUAUGAAAUUCUCUUCAAACAGACUUGCAGACAAGGCCCAUCCAGUUAAGAAAUGUCAGCUGUUUUUUUGUACCAUAAAAAAAUCAUAUGAUUAUGCUGUAAUAAACCAUGCUGCAGCAGCCAUGAGGAAGAAACCUAAAUAUUCCUCCUGUCUAUACCUUCUUCCUUGAUUUUAAUGCAACUGUUAAAUAUAAUACAUGGCUCGCAAAGUCGAAAACUAUACAUUACUUUGUUAUAACAAAGCCAGUAAUAAUAUUUGUCUUUUGUAAUGGGGACAUUGCAACUAACCUCAAUAGUUCCUACAAAUAUCAAACACCAAGUUCUCAGGUCGCGUCACAAUGAGAUCAAAACUAACAAGUUUCUGUUAUCAGUUUCUUCAAGUUUGUCCAUGCCAAAUUUUCAGCAGGCAGAUCAAAUCCUUCCAUUUUCACCUCAAGAAAAUCAGGGAAAUUGUGCAUGUAAGAAUGUUGCAGCAAUAUUAUUUGGAAAUGGAUCAGACUGCAAGUUAUUUCCAUUGAUGAGAAGACGGUCAGCUGGUGCAAUUCCACUAGGAGCAAAAUACAGACUGAUAGAUGCUGUUGUUAGCAACUGUAUUAACAGCAAUAUAACCAAGAUGUUUGCUCUGACACAGUUUAACUCUACUUCUCUCAAUUCCCACCUUACAAGAACUUAUUCAAACGUGGGUCUUGGAAGAGAGGAGUUUCUUCAAGUCAUUGCUGCAUGUCAAAGCCCUGGAAAUCUGAACUGGUUUCAGGGAAAUGCUGAUGCUGUUAGGAGAUUUUUGUGGAUGCUAGAAGAGUGCCCUGCCACGGAGUUUCUAAUCCUCCCUGGUUACCAUCUGUAUAGAAUGGAUUACCAGGAAAUUCUACAGCUCCACCAUGAAACUCGAGCUGAUAUAACUAUUUCAGCUAUAAGAUCAGAGGAAAGACAUGAUAAAGGUUUCGGAAUUUUGAAAGUGAAUUCAGAUAAUAAAGUAAUUGGACUAUUUGAAAAAGAUAAUACUGCAUUUCCUUUGAAUCAGGUGGGUAGGUUAGAAAUUUCUGAAGAGAAUAACUGUAUAACGUAUGCUAGCAUGGGCAUCUAUGUCAUUAGCAAAGAGGUAAUGGUGAAGAUUCUGAGAGAAGACUUUCCAUGGGCAAAUGACUUCAGGAGUGAAGUAAUUCCCGGUGCUAUAUCAUUAGGGAUGAAGGUUCAAGCAUAUGUAUUUGACGGAUAUUGGGAAAACAUGCAAAGCAUAAAGGGGUUCUAUCAAGCCAGCAUGGAAAGCACAAAGACAACAGACAUAAAAUUCGAUUUUUGUGAUAGAGACUCUCCUCUCUACACUUUGCCUCGGCGUCUCCCUCCUACAAGAAUAACUGAUGCUGUGAUAACUGACAGUGCCAUAGGAGAUGGUUGCCUCCUCAAUAGGUGCAGGAUCAAAAGCUCAGUGAUAGGUAUUGGGACAAGAAUUGACGAUGCAGUUGUGAUUGAAGAUUCAAUUUUAAUGGGUUCUGAUAUUUACCAAGAAGAUUUGAUGCAGAACAUGGAAACGGAAACAUCAGAGAUUCCGAUUGGAAUUGGACAAGGAUCGUUGAUACGAAAUGCUAUAAUAGACAAGAAUGCAAGAAUUGGCAAAAGAGUCAUGAUUAUAAACAAGGAUAAGAUUCAGGAGGGAAACAGAGAAGACGAUGGAUAUGUGAUUCGCGAUGGAAUAGUGAUCGUAACUAGGAGCGCAAUCGUCCCUGAUGGCACCGUCUUAUUAUAGAGAUUGAGCAGAAAUAACAAGAUACAUAAUUAUUGUACUAUACAUGAAAAUCCCAGAAGGAAUGCAAGGUGAUCUUGAUCCAUGUAUGGACUGAACUACUGAUAGAUGUUGACAUGAAUUUAUAUGCUACUAAUAUAUGCUACAAAUGGGUGCCCCUAAUAUUAAUAAUCUGCAUACACUGAUACUCUACACA